CGGUGGUACGGUCUAGUCACUGAUCACAUACAGCACGGCCCAGGUUUUUCUGCACAGCUGAAUCUCAACUGAAACUAUCGUUACUGUGUUAUUCAGUUGCAUCGACAGUGACCCAUCAUGUGUGAAGACUAGCAGAAGAACUAUUAUAAAACGUGGAGUAUAGUUCUGGCGUUUAUAGCAGACGACUGGAGAAGCAAUGACUACAGUGUCCGGUCCGUUUUCCCGCCAAUCAAGCAGCAGGGAGGACACCUAAACUAUUAACGGGACGCACUCACCUGGAAACUGAUGCUCCUAUUUUGAAGACCAGAAUUGCCUUGACGGCAAUUACAUGAUACGAGAGACCGGUCAUGGUUACAGUGUAGUCAUUGAUCGUAGUCGCUUGUUUUAUUACCUGGUCGAUAUUAACUCAAAACAAAGAACUCAGUCUUCAUUACGAGCAUGGGGACAUCGUAUGUCUUUUAUGCGCGUGUUUUCAACAUUAAGAUUUGUUGAGUUCCUUCGCAACCUUGUUCUGUUUUGUUGUUUUUGGAGCAACUCCUCUUACAGUUUGUGUAUUUCCGAUUGAACUUGGCCACAAAAGCCGAAGUAACUGAUUUCCCGAUACCUCAUCGGUUAUUCGCGCAUCGGGGGACUUUCAAGAAAAUCCAGGAGCAGCAGUAAGAGGUAAAUGCAUCUUAUUAUAAACCUAGACCAGUGCCUGAGGUGUGUCACACUGCAACGUGGGGUAUAAAUAAAGCAACUGCGGCCCGGAACGGAUGACUGUUGAGCGCAUUGCUGGUGAGUCAGUCACAACGUCUUCCCCCAACAACUUGAUCAACAAAAACUACGCCUAAAGUUCAUACACAGUUGGGAGUGAGUUCAUGGUACGCCUAUAGAGCCUGCUGAUCUACUACGAUUUCAUAUGUACACCUGAGUGAACAAUAAUAAAACUCAUAAUAUCAACUGUACUUGUUGAUGAGCGAUUUCACUCUUCGAUAUGAUCCAGAUAAUAAAGUAAGUUCUGUACUCUAUCUUGCAAACACAUUGUUAUUGUACAGUCGAGGGUUGUAUAUGUGUUACCAAAGAGCAAUGCACAUUGCAAGAGUAUAUUUACCCAUGGUGUGAUGAAGUUCAUGAUUGCCAGAUUCUCUUGAAGUCAAAUGACAGUUUGAAUUAACACUAAAUUGAUCCAAUGAGCGAUCACUGCCUUAGAAAGUCACCAAGUACUACCCAUCCUUAAUUGACUUUUCUCUUCAAUUAUCUUCAAUAUUUCCUGCUAGCUGUGACAUAGCAUCCCCAGUGUGUGUACGUGCUGCGGUGUGCGUUUUUAUAGGACGACCGACUCAAUUGAAAGUUCAGAGACAUUAACUUCAUCUAAGAUGGCUACUGCGGACUCUACCAUAAGCGAGUCGUAUCAAGAGCCGAUGAACUCUUCUUUCAUGGAGAAUUUGGAACGUUUCCUUGAAGAGCCAUUACUCCAGCAAUAUGACAAUAUGGAAAUUGUCAUUGUCACUCUUGUCAUGCCGUGUAUCCUUAUCCUCGGAUUGGUGACAAAUAUGACAUUUCUGUAUGUCGUCUACCGCGUGUCGUGGAUGAGGACCAAUGUCAAUGCCUACCUAUUCCACCUAGCCAUUGCUGAUAUCUUAUUUCUUGUCGUUGGGGUUGGGGACAAGUUAUGGCAAUAUGGCCGUACACCGUUCCUCCAUGAUCAGAUGUUUCGUGGGACCGUUGGGUGUGUGUUAGUGGAUCUGUGUGCUGAUUCAGCUUACUUUACCGGUCUAUUCCUAGUCACUUUAGUGUCCUUUCAUCGCUUCAAUGCCGUCUGCCGUCCACACUCCGGUACCCAUCAGACUAGGGGGACCACCAAGCGAUGGAUCGCUAGUGCAUGGUUGCUUGGAAUCUUACUGUCAAGUUCACUCAUCCCAAGUUACUGCAUCAUGGAACUACAAGUACUUAUCGACUGGCCUGACAUGCCAUUGUACCGUGAUUUUCCUGAAGUGAUCGGCAUGUGUAAACCUAUCAAAGAAUGGAUGACUUACGUGGCCAACCUGGUCCAAACUGUGCCUUUUUUCGUUGCCAUGACAAUGAAUAUCCUCCUGUACGUGAGAAUUGUUAUGUCACUCAAUCACAUCGUGGAGAAAGGCAGCGAGUAUGGAUGCAAGGAUGUGAACGAACGAAUAAGGAACAGGGUUACCAAGAUGCUUGUGGCCAAUGGAUGCGUUUUCUUCUUUUGUCUAUUCCCAUUUGAACUCGCUUCUCUGCUCCUGUUUACAGGUAGCAAUAUCGACGUUGUUUGGCUUCAUGUAUUCAGGACGCUUCUGUAUACGAAUUCUGCCGUGAAUCCCAUCAUCUAUGGGGUUACGAACUCUAAGUAUCGGCAAGCAGUGCAAGUUGCUUGCUCGUGUUGGAAAAGAUCCCGGGACUUAGUGAGGUACGAGUUGAGCAUACCAUUAAGCCGAAUGAAGGACAAUACGGCGGUGACUGUCGCCAAUUGUAGAGUGCGUGGGGAUCGUGACUCAUAAACGUAAUUAAUGUUCAAGCUGUUUGGGACGUUUAUAGCGAGGUGGUUAUAUGGUGUUAGUUUCUAGAAAUGUGUCAAAGUGACUGAAUUGGUUUUAAACACAUCCCAUGUGAUGACUGAAGUUGUUUAUUUACCCUGUAGACAAUAUCGCAAUCUCACAAAACGCUUUACGAAACGGUUCACAUAGAACAUGCUACCAUUGAUACCAAAUUUGAUAUCAUGAAUGCAAACUAACGUACUAGAACAAACGAUUUAUAGUCACGGUUAUACAUGAGAAUAGGAGUCUAUAACUUUAUGUUUUAUGAGUUGAUGGUAUUGUAGUUAUUUAUUCAACGUAAAUCCACGAACUGACCAUGUACGAAGUAACUUGGGUACGAAGUGACUUGGGUACGAAGUGUCUUGGGUACGAAGUGGCUUGGGUACGAAGUAA